AUGCGUUUAAAAGAUAAUCAAACGAUGGCUAUGGCUAUCGAUCAAUUAGUGAUUGAUCCUCAAUCACGUUUUCUUGAAAUGAAAUCUCUACAACCAUAUUCAACAACAGAUGAAUAUUUAUAUGCUAUGAAAGAAGAUCUUGCUGAUUGGCUUUCAAAUAUGUAUCCUGAAUGGUGUCCAAUUACAGCCGAUAGUUUUCUUGAAUGUUUAGAAAACGGUGUUCUUCUUUGUCAACAUGCUAAUAAUGUAAAUGCUGCUGCACGAAAAAUAUUACCAUCAUCAUCAUUAUUAACAAAUUGUAAAUAUCGUUCAAAUGUUCGUCCAAAAACAUUUAAUGCACGUGAUAAUGUAUCACAAUUUAUUAAAUGGGCACGACAUACAGCUUGUGUUCGUGAAGUUCUUAUGUUUGAAUCUGAUGAUUUAAUAUUACGAAAAAAUGAAAAAAAUUUUCUUCUUUGUCUACUCGAAAUAGCUCGUUUUGGUGCUAAAUUUGGUGUUAGUGUACCAGCUAUAAUUAAACUUGAAGAUGAAAUUGAACGAGAAAUUGAACGUGAUAAACAAAAAGAAAUAUUAUCAUAUAAAGAAUUUCAAUGUUUACAAAGAGAAAAUGAAGAACAUGAAAAAAAUAUAUUAAAUGUAAUAAAUUAUCAAUCUAUAGAUGAUGAAAAUAAUAAUAAUAAUAAUAAUGAUAAUCAAACAAAUGAAAAUUUAAAUAAUACUUUUUCAUUAAUAACACAUGUAAAUGAUACUAAUCAUUUAGAACAACAUGUAUCACAUAUACCAAAAUUUUCAAAUAAUAAUAAUAAUAGUAAACGAAGACAAAAUAGUGAAGAAAGUUAUGAUAGUACAACAUCAAAUGAAAUAACUACAACAAUUAUGACAUCAAAUGAAGAAUCACAAUUUAAUCGAACGAUAGUAGAACGAGAAAAUUCCAUUGUACCACCAACUUCAUCAUCACAUUUACAUAAAACAGUAGUCAAAAUUACAAAUACAUGUUGUUGUUCACAACGUUUCCCCGUCAUACGUAUUGGUGAAGGUAAAUAUCGUAUUGGUGAAAGUGGAACAAUUAUAUUUAUUCGUAUUUUAAGAAAUCAUGUUAUGGUUCGUGUUGGUGGUGGUUGGGAUACACUUGAAAAUUAUCUUAAUAAACAUGAUCCAUGUCGACGAUCAGGUCAUCGUCAAUCUGAACAUCAUCAUCAUCAUCAUCAUCAUCAUCAUCAUUCUGAUAUACCAAUACUUGCUAUACCAAAUACAAAUAUAUCACCUAGUGUUCAAAAAAAUACUCCUUAUGGAAAAUCUGUAACAAUAAAAACUGAAGAAUUUCCUUUAGCAAAACCAGCUAAUCAUGAUACAAAUCUAGUCGAUGCUCAACUUGUUAUAACACGUGGUGCUGAUGGACGUCAUCGUAUUGGACAAAUAACUUAUAAAAGUGAAGAAGAUAUUCUUAAUCAACCAUUUGUAUGUCCUCAUCAUCAUCAUCCUCAUAAUCAUUCACCACCAACAACAACAAAAAUAAAAAGUACACGUGUUACUCCAUCAUCAAUUUAUAAUAAACAAUCAUCUCCAAGUACUGAUCAAGAUUAUUCAUCAUUAACAGAAGCAGCAUCGAGUAAACCAUCAUCAUUAUCAUCAUUAGAUUUUAAAGAAGAAUCUAUCGAAGAAACAAUUAAAUCAUUACAUAUAAGUCCAAUUGAAAAUCAAUUAAUUCGAUCAUCGUCACCAAUUAAUCAAUUACAAAAACAAUCACAUAUUAAUAUUAAUAAUCAUCCUUCUAUUGAUAAUACAAAAAUCAUAAUUCAAUCAACCAAACCAUCAUAUCAAAAUUUUGAUAAUUUCAAUGAAAAAAAACCAAGUUUUACUGAAUCUAUUAUUGGUACAAUUGAUGAUUAUAUUCAUCCAACAUCUUCUGAAAUUACAAAUGAUUUUAAUAUGAGUGAUAUUGAAGAUGUGAUGGAAAUUAAUAAAAAACAAAGUCCUAAGGAUGAUACAACAAAUAUGGAUAAUGAUAGUUUAGAAAGUAGUGAAGGUAUAUUAGAAGAAAAAACAAAACCAUUACCAUCAACUCUUUCACAUUCGACUAAAAAAUCAGGUGGAUAUUGUUCUGCAUAUUAUUUAGCACAAAAACAAAAAUUUCAACAAGAACAAGCAGCUAAUCGUAAACGAUCUGCUAAUAAUAUACGUCAAUAUUCUUCACGUUCAAAUACAUUACCAAAUGUUUUUGAAGCAAUUAAAAAAGAAGAACAAUUAACAAAACAACGUCGUAAGCCAGUACUUGCUGCAAAACGAUCACAAUCAUCUGAAAUUAUUGAUAAAAUCAAUGAUAUAUCAAAACUUGAUCGAGAUUCAGGAUUUGAUGAACAAGAUUUUCGUCGUGAACGUUUACAAUCAUCAAAUGGUGAUGAUAAUUCAAGUAUAUCAUCAAUAAAAAGUCCACGAAGUUCAAUAUCACAUUCAAAUAAUUUUGAAUAUAAAGAAAAUAAAGCAUAUGAAUUACGUAUGAAAAAAUUAGAUAUUAAUAAACGUAAUCUCAAUGAAAAAGAAUCAACUAUAAGAAUAGGACGAAAUUUUAAUACAUCAACAAAACAUACAAAUGAUAUUGCUUCUCCAAUAACAUCAACAAAUAAAUAUCGAAAAAAUAGUCAAUCUAUUAUUAAUCUUAAAAAACAAUAA